AUGCCAAAAACUCUGAGAGAUCUUCGUAUUGCUCAUUUUCGUACUUUGAAAAACUUUGAUAAAAUUAUUGAUGAAAAAACAGUCAGUAAAGACGAAAUUGAAUCAAGUGAAAGUUUACCUUGUAUUGGUUUAUUUGGUGAUUUGUAUACAACUUAUGCUACUAGUACUCUAUCUGGUUAUGGUAGUGAUGAAAGACUGAAA